GUGCAAAAAAAAAAAAACAAUUUCCUUUCGUCCGCCUAUUAUCUUUAAUUGCGAAGAACUAAAAGAAAAUGUAUUAUAAAAAAUCGAAAACUUCUAUAAGACUAGAGACGCGUAAAUGUAAAAGUGUGUUUUUUAAAAAGCGAAAUUUAUUGAAAAGAAAAUUGACAAUUUGUAAAAAUCGUUGUAGUUUAUUGAAUGUGUGUUUUCUGAUUAUGUCUCUUGUUAUUGUCCAGACCUCAGCAAUAACAAUUUAUCAGAACAGAACAACAACAGCAUCGGCAGACACUACAGCCCAUGAUCAAACGGUAGACAGUAGCAAUAAUUUGUCACAAUUUCAAGCGACAACAAGUGAUUUUAUAACAACACCAACCAAUUCAAAACACUUAAGUGUAAACUACGAUCCGCAAUUAAAUAAAGAGAAUCUGACGAUAACAAAUCAUAUAAUACGUACAAAUAUAAUUGUGGGAACAGAAGGUGGAGGAGUUGGAACAGCAGCUAGUAAUUUUAAAGAAAAUUUUAGUCAAACAGCAAAAACAACAGAUAAUAUGCGUGCAAAAUUGCAACAACUAUUACAGCGUGAACAUGAUGAUGAAGAGAAACAACAACUGCAACAAGAUCUACAACAGCAAAUGCAAGAACAACAACAGCAACUGCAACAGCAGCACAGCCAACAACAGCAACAACAACAACAAUAUCAACAGUCACAGCAUGCAAUAUUAGCAGGAGAAAAUGCCUAUUUACUAGAGCGUAUAGAUGGUAGUAUGCAUGAACAACCCAUAUAUGGAACAUGGAGAGCGAAAGCGAGACGACCUCAACAACAACAUCAACAGCAACAACAACAUCAGCAGCAUCAACAUCAUCAUUAUGAACGUUUACCCAAACGCUCAUCGACCAUGACACCAGUAAGACGUGAGUUACAUGAUCAAAUUCCCCGACCACCACGUUUAACAUCACGUCAGCCUUCAGUGGCCUUGAGGCGACAAUUCAGUGAUAUUCCUUUGACAAAUGGCAUGAUUAGAGAUGAAUCACGCCCCAAACCUUUUCAUUAUCCCUUCGAGGGUCCUUUGCCAGAGGAAUUUAAGAAAAUACAACAAUCCGAAAGAGGUAUAUCAGCAGAUACAGAUCCUCAAGUUCAUAAUAUUCAGGAUAUAUUGCAAAAGUUAAAUUUGGGUUCGGGUGGCAAUAAAGUGCCACCCUUAAUGAUGAUGCCUUCGGGUUUGCAUAUUUCUGGUUCCUUUAAGAAUCUCAAAUCGAGUGGCAUAGGAAACUUUUUCCGCGGUAAACGCAAUAAGAAGCAAAUACAAAUGCAAUUUCCCAUGCCCAUACCCAUGCAAAUGCUACCGAAUCCCUAUCAGAGUCCAGUAAUAAAUCUAAUGCAGCAACCCUAUCAACAGCGUAUAGCCAUGGAACAGUUUUAUCCCUUUAAGGCUCGUUCACCGGGAGAAAUUAAUCUCUUGGCCAUGCAACAGCAGCAGCAACAACAACAGCAGAAAUUCAAAAAUCCCCAAAUUAAAGGUAAAAAACAAAAGAAGAAGUCAAAAGACAAGAAAAAUACUUUGGCCAGCAGUAACUUAAUGUUGCAGCAAUAUCCCUUUGCCACCGCUGCCCCAGAGCUGCUGUACCCCUCAAUGUAUUCUCCUUUCAUGUCCAUUAAUGUGACACAAGCUCCUCCUCUGCAGAUGAGUAAGCGAGUACCUUUCAAAGUUAAUUUGGAUAUAUUCCCAGUAAUGCCACCCUCCAAGACAUUUAAAUCCCCAGCAGGUUAUGCCAUGGAUGAGGCUCGCAUAGUUUCCACCAUGCGUCCACCUACGGUAUUAAGAAAUCCCUUUAUGGAAUAUCUUACCACACCUUUAACACCCUCAGCAGCAGCAGCUUUAAGUUUCUACAAUCCUUACAAUCCCAAACAGCCGGUAUACAAUCCUGUACGAUUUCCUUCUGGAGCCCAAAAUCCAGUGGCCAACAUGGCUCAAACUAACAGCAUGCAAAUGGUGUAUCCCGAUCAAAUGCACAAAUAUCUACAACAGCAGCAGCAGCAACAACAAAAUCUUUUCACCAACUACCUUAAUAAUCAGGGACAUCAAACUCCCUUUCUACCCAUAGAUUGUGAUCAACCCAUACCUUCAGCCUCUUCUGGUGUACAAACAUCACCGGGUAGUACGAACAACAAUCCCAUUAUGGUUCAUUUAAAUGUAUUCCCCAAACAAAAGAAUACCACACCCAUUUCCACAAAUCCCUUCUAUAAUAAUGGUCCCCAUAUACAACGUAAUACCAUACAAGAGGAAAGUGAAUCUUCGCUAAGUCCCAUAGAACCCCGACAUCAGGGUAGAUCACUUAAUGACACCGUCUCCACUAAAAUCGAACGUAGCGAUAGCAGUGACAAUUUUCAACAAAUUCAACCUAUACGAGCCGAAGAUGAUCUCGUAGAUUUUGAACAUCCCAUUGUAGCGGAAAGUUCCGAUGAUAACAAUGAAUUGCCACAGCCGGCUGCCUUGAUAGGUGGCAAACCGAAUAUGGCUGCAGAAUCCUCUUCGUCUUCGUUUUAUUAUGAAAGUCGUCCGAAUACUACAAUGUCUUCGGGUGGCGAUAAUAGCAAUACAAAUUAUAAUGGUAAUAACAAUGGCAAUAUGGAACAAAUGGUAUCGGAGGCUAGAACAGCUUCACUGUUUCGUUUUCCCGUCGAAGAUCUAAUACAGUUUCAGGUGCAUGAUGCUAUGUAGGGAAUAAAGGGGAGAAGGAAAGGGAAAGUUAAGGGUGGCGUUUAGGAGUUGUAGUAUAGUGUGAAGUUGGGGAAUUUAUUAGUGUUAGAAAAUGAUCAUAAAUUGUAAGGAGCAGUAGAGGGGUUCCCAGUUGAGCGGAAUUUUGAUACCCUCUACUGGACAGAAAUUGUUUUUUCGAAUUCGUGAUUUAAGAAUAGAUUCGGGCAUAAAUAUACCUUUUAAAUUAGCUUCUGUAUGAGUGAAAGCGACUUAGUUUAAUCCGAGAUGCGCUUGAAUAAGGACUCAGAAGUUCAGUACUGAUCAAUCCUUUAGAAUAAUUUGCUAUAGUCUCUGGGUUAAAAAAUUAUGUUUUUCUGCACCAAAGCAAUCGACUAUUGAGGACACAACCUCUUCGUAUGAAUUCUUAAUGCAUGAAUUAGUUUCUAUGUUCCGUUCUGUGACGAAUCAUCUGAUUCGGAUCUUUCAUACCCAACGUUGGACUUACACAGGUAUCCGAAAACGAACGAGUUGAUUCAUCGUGGAACGGAACGUAGAAACUAUCUGAGACUUAAGUGACACUUAAAUAUGUAAGACUAAGAAGGUAUAAAGCUGAGAGCGAUAAAGUGUGGUAAACUGACUUAUAGCAGACCUGUUAUACACCUACA